AGACAACUCGCUUAGGGACGGGACAGGCUUCUGGAGGGGGCGUGGCAAUGAAGCAGCUGGACAUGGAGGGUUCGCUACUGAAAUGGACUAACUACCUGUCAGGCUGGCAGCCACGUUACUUUGUGCUGGACCACGGCAUCUUGUCCUACUAUGAUUCACAGGAUGACGUUGAUAAAGGGAGCAAGGGCAGCAUUAAGAUGGCCGUGUGUGAAAUCCGAGUGCACCAGGCUGAUAGCUGCCGGAUGGAUCUUUAUAUACCAAAGGAGCAGUACUUCUACCUGCGAUCAGACAAUGCAGCCGACAGGCAGAGGUGGUUGGUGGCCCUAGGUUCGGCCAAAGCCUGCUUGGGGGACAGCGCAACUCAGAAAUCGAAAGAUGUGCUUCCAGAUAAUGAAAGUCUAAGUCGGAAGCUGUCAGAGCUGCGGCUCUUCUGUGAUCUACUUAUGGGACAAGUGGCAGAAGUAAAGGAAGCAGUGACCACCGAUGAAGCGGCAUCUGUGCCAAAUAAGGAGGGGUUCUGUCGUCAGAUACAGAGCAAUAAAAUCGUCACAGGUGCUCCAUCCCUGUACAGUGUGUGCGCUGAUCAAGCUCCAGCAACUUCAGGGCCAGGCAAACUCAACAUGGCGUGCUCCAACCUGCAGGGAACGUGCUCUUACAUCUGUUCUACUCUAGAUGACUGUAUAAAGUACGUCAACACCAACCUGCAUAAACAAGACCCUCCUUUGCCAGUUUUACCAGGAGAUGUGGUGGGCACCAAACUUCCCCAGAGUCGAAAGGUAAAGCGUUCUGUCAGUCAGCCUGUUGAGUCAACCCCUGCAAGGACUUCUAAUUUACCAAAGCAGGGUGAUGGGGUAACUGUGAUGAAGAACCUGGAGCAAUUGGCAAUGAGGUUACGUACCCAAGAACGGCAGUAUGUGCUGUCCAGUAAUGGAACAUCAGGAUAGCAAGUCCUAGUCCGUUACCUCAACAAGAAAUAUUGGGACCAAAUUCCAACAUCCCCCAUGUGAAGGAUACUAAGAAGAGCCACACAAGUCGAGGACAUUUUCUACAACUGAAGGUUUAUAGCUGUGUGUACACAGCACUAAGGGUGUGUGCAAUGCAACUGAUAAAACUGUAUAAUAUAUGACAUGUGAAUAGAAAUAAAAUAUACUUUUAU